AUGUCGGAUCGCCUUUGCAUAGCUACCAAUGGAACCGUGAAGGUAACUCUCUCCGCAGACGACAUCAUGACAUGCUGCACAAGUUGUAGUCUCGGCUUCGGUAGUGGGUGUGAUGGAGGUUCUAUUUAUGACGCUUUCAAGUACUUUGUAAGCGAUGGUGUUGUCACGGGAGGAGAUUAUGGUAGUAUGUAUGGUUGUCGUCCAUACGAGAUAGAACCAGAUAUCUCUCAGCUCAGUAACAAUUCCUACAAGACUUCAAUCCUCUCGAGUACUCCGCCAUGCCGACAGGCCUGCCAACUAGGAAUAGACGCCUUCAAACUACCAGCAUCCCAGAGUGCUAUUCAGAGAGAAAUCAUGAAGAAUGGACCGGUGGUCGCCAUUUUCAACGCUUACCAGGACUUCUCCUACUACGCCGGAGGAAUCUAUAAGUACACUGGUGGCGGUUUUGUGGGCAACCAGGCCGUGAAAGUAAUUGGAUGGGGAAAAGAAGGUGACACGCCCUAUUGGCUCAUGGUUAACUCGUGGGGCAACACCUGGGGAGAGAAAGGUCUUUUCCGCAUGAUUCGUGGAGUCAACGAGUGCAACGUAGAACAAUGGAUGUCUACUGGGCACGUCGGCGACGGCAAAAAAGCCUAA